AGAACACCGGAAGGGUCUCCGAGCCAGGAGGCUUGAGAACGGCUUGCGGGUGUCGGCCAUCAUGGCGUUUGCGCCUAUGGGGCCUGAGACCUCGUUCUUCGACGCCCUGGAUCGUCACAGGGCUUCCCUGUUGGCCAUGGUGAAGAGUGGCGCAGGGGAGACCCCUGCCGAGGCCACCCAAGGGGCCUCUAGUUCUAAGGUCCUUACAGCUAUAGAAAAUAUUAUCCAAGACAUAAUCAAAAGCUUGGCAAGAAAUGAAGUGCCUGCCUUCACCAUAGACAACAGAUCAAGCUGGGAAAAUAUAAUGUUUGAAGAUUCUGUUGGCCUUCAGAUGAUCCCUCAGUGUACCACAAAAAAAGUUAAAAGUGAUUCACUAAAAUCAGUUAAAAAAUUUGCUCUAAUUCUGAAAAUAUUGUCCAUGAUUUAUAAAUUAAUACAGAGCAACACUUAUGCAACCAAGAGAGACAUAUACUACACUGACAGCCAGCUCUUUGGGAACCAGGCUACCGUGGACAACAUUAUAGAUGACAUUUCCUGUAUGCUGAAAGUGCCCAGGAGGAGCCUGCAUGUGCUAUCUACAUCCAAGGGACUGAUGGCUGGCAACUUGAGAUACACGGAGGAAGAUGGUACCCCAGUGCAGUGCACCUGCACUACCACGGCUACUGCUGUGCCAUCUAACAUCGAAGGAAUGCAGAAUCUGAUCACAGAUGCGAAGUUUCUGCUAAUAGUAGAGAAGGAUGCAACAUUUCAACGACUCCUGGAUGACAACUUCUGCAGCAGGAUGUCCCCGUGCAUCAUGGUCACGGGAAAGGGUGUUCCAGAUCUGAACACAAGGCUCUUGGUGAAGAAGCUAUGGGACACAUUUCAUAUUCCUAUUUUCACACUGGUAGAUGCUGAUCCACAUGGCAUCGAGAUAAUGUGCAUCUAUAAGUACGGAUCCAUGUCCAUGUCUUUCGAAGCCCACAAUCUCACUGUCCCAACAAUCAGAUGGCUUGGUCUCCUUCCUUCUGAUAUUAAAAGGUUAAAUAUACCUAAGAAGAGUUUGCUCCCACUGACAAAGUGUGACCAGGUGAAACUGGAUAGUGUCCUGAGGAGGCCUUACAUUACCCACCAGCCCUUCUGGAGAAAAGAGAUGGAAAUGAUGGCAGACUCUAAGAUGAAGGCAGAGAUCCAAGCCUUGGCCUGCCUGUCCUCAGACUAUCUUUCCAGAGUGUACCUACCCAACAAGCUGAGGUUUGGAGGAUGGAUAUAAAAUCACAGCUGAGUACAUGUACCACCAAGAGAAUUCCAACAGCUUGUUUGAACUGCAAACACUGGGUAAAGAAGUACCUAGUCUUAAUUCUGCAAUGGUAAAAAAUAAUUUUACAUUAAUAUAUUUUGUCAAAGCAAACUUCAUAGUGCUCUUUAGAAGGUUUGAUCUUCUGUAAAGACAGAUUCUUAAUCUAUGUUCUAGAGUGAUUAGAAAAUAGUUUGUUAAAUUUUAAAUUUUUAUUAGAAAAACUGUUGCACAUCAUAAAAGUCUAUCAAAGUAUUUACUUCCUGCAACACAGCUAGUGUAGACAUUUCACUAGCAACAAACUCAGGAAUCGAAACUUGAGAGGUUGCAAAGGAAUUGCAAGGUGUUUUCUAGUACUUUCUUUUGCCUCAUGGCAUAGAGCCUUUGCCCUGUUAAUGUACCUGUGAAACUAGUAAAGUUUAUUAUGAACAA